AUGGCUGAAUGGAUCAAACAAUCAUGGAACCAGAAAGAAUUCUUUUUGCUGCCAAGCAAGGGUCGGUUUGCGGAGUUAGUUAUGCGCAGUGUUCAUGGUGAAGAUCAUGCAGGAUUGGAGGUGACGGGUGUGUACAUCGAUUUGGCGGAAGGUUACGACACAGGAAGUUUCCUUGUUGUAUUCAAGAGAUUUGUAUCACUUCAUGGCAAUCCAAAGCGAAUGAUUUCUGAUGCAGGCACACAGCUAGUUACUGCAGGCAAGGGAUUGGAUAAGUUUGAAGUAGAAUGGAAUGUCUUAAAAUCUACAGAUGCUCCAUGGGAGAAUGGUUGUAGUGAAUCCUUAAUCAACUCUGUAAGGCGCUGUCUGCAAAUUGCUGUUGGGGAUUUAUUUUUAACGUUUUCAGAGUUGCACACUGUGUUGUUUGAAGCUGCAAAUUUAAUAAAUGAGAGACCUAUCGGGACCAAGGUGUGUGACCAAAACGAAGGAACAUACUUAUGCCCGAAUGAUUUGCUGUUAGGGAGAUCCACUGUUCGGGUUCCUCAGAUGCAAAUGGAAGAACGUUGCAAUCCAUUAUUGAGAUGGAAAUUCAUUCAACAGCUGCUUGAUACCUUUUGGAAAAGAUGGAUUAGAGAUUACUUUCCCACUCUUAUUGUGAGACAGAAGUGGCAUACAAGCAGGAGAAAUCCGAAGCAGGGUGAUCUUGUGUUAGUUCAGGAUACAAAUCUAAUUCGUGGAAAGUGGAAACUUGCUAAAAUUGCCGAGGCAGAGCCUGGAACAGACGGAAAGGUACGAGACGUCACAGUGCGAUACAAGAACGUGGGGCUAGGUGCAAAGUAUGACGGGUGUACUGACACUGUCAUUCGCAGAUCUGUUCAUAGACUUGUAGUUAUACUACCAGUGGAUGAAUGA